UCGGAACAAGGACUAUGAGAAAAUGGUCGGGCAAACGAGGAGUAAGCUCAGAGCGACGGCUCCAGAACGGUUUCAGUCUUCCCGCCCCUGCCAGUCGAAACGGCGGCGCGGAGCCUCCGGAGCCCGGGAACCGGAGGUGGAGGAGGAGGUGGAAAAAUCGGGGCUGUCUCUUCAGUCUUCGACCCUAGGUGGCGGGAACCUGCCACGGGGCGCCCGAGGAUACUCGCCGCGGAGGAACCGAAAUCAGAAAGCGCGAAAUUGCUUGCAGCUGGACGCGAUCGCUAAGACCCUCCUUCUCGGCCGCUUCCAGUUCCUCCACGGUUUCCUGGCGCAGCUCCGGGAAAAGGCGCAGGAACUGCAGGCGCGUAGAUGCUCCAGCAAGACCACUCUCUGCAUCGCUGCCUGUGUAGGAAUUUUGCACUGGAUACAUUUAGUAACACUUUUUGAAAAUGAUCGUCAUUUCUCUCACCUCUCAUCUUUGGAACGGGAGAUGACUUUUCGCACUGAAAUGGGGCUUUAUUAUUCCUACUUCAAGACCAUUAUUGAAGCACCUUCGUUUUUGGAAGGACUGUGGAUGAUUAUGAAUGACAGGCUUACUGAAUAUCCUCUUGUAAUUAAUACAGUGAAACGCUUCCAUCUUUAUCCAGAGGUAAUCAUAGCCUCCUGGUAUCGCACAUUCAUGGGAAUAAUGAAUUUAUUUGGACUAGAAGCUAAGACCUGCUGGAAUGUCACCAGAAUAGAACCUCUUAAUGAAGUUCAAAGCUGUGAAGGAUUGGGAGAGCCUGCUUGCUUUUAUGUUGGUGUAAUCUUUAUUUUAAAUGGACUAAUGAUGGGAUUGUUCUUCAUGUAUGGAGCAUACCUGAGUGGGACUCAACUAGGAGGUUUUAUUACAGUACUGUGCUUAUUUUUCAACCAUGGAGAGGCCACCCGUGUGAUGUGGACGCCACCCCUCCGUGAAAGUUUUUCCUAUCCGUUCCUUGUACUUCAGAUGUAUAUUUUAACUUUGAUUCUCAGGACCUCAAGCAAUGAUAGAAGGCCCUUCAUUGCACUUUGCCUUUCCAAUGUUGCUUUUAUGCUUCCCUGGCAAUUUGCUCAAUUUAUACUUUUUACACAGAUAGCAUCAUUAUUUCCCAUGUAUAUUGUGGGAUACAUUGAGCCAAGCAAAUUUCAGAAGAUCAUUUAUAUGAACAUGAUUUCAGUUAUCCUUAGUUUCAUUUUGAUGUUUGGAAAUUCGAUGUACUUAUCUUCUUAUUAUUCUUCAUCUUUGUUAAUGACGUGGGCAAUAAUUCUAAAGAGAAAUAAAAUUCAAAAACUGGGAGUAUCUGAACUCAACUUUUGGCUAAUUCAAGGUAGUGUUUGGUGGUGUGGAACAAUCAUUUUGAAAUUUCUGACAUCUAAAAUCUUAGGCGUUUCAGACCACAUUCGCCUGAGUGAUCUUAUAGCAGCCAGAAUCUUAAGGUAUACAGAUUUUGAUACCUUAAUAUACACUUGUGCUCCUGAAUUUGACUUCAUGGAAAAAGCGACUCCGCUGAGAUACACAAAGACACUAUUGCUUCCAGUUGUUAUGGUGAUUACAUGUUUUAUCUUUAAAAAGACUGUUCGUGAUAUUUCAUGUGUUUUAACUACAAACACUUAUCUAAGAAAACAGCUCCUUGAACAUGGUGAGCUGGCUUUUCACACAUUGCAGUUGUUAGCGUUUACUGCCCUUGCCAUUUUAAUUAUGAGGCUAAAGCUGUUUUUGACGCCACACAUGUGUGUUAUGGCUUCCUUGAUAUGCUCUCGACGGCUCUUUGGCUGGAUUUUUUGCAGAGUUCGUUUUGAGAAUGUUAUCUUUGGCAUUCUAACAGUGAUGUCGAUUCAAGGUUGUGCAAACCUCCAUAAUCAAUGGAGCAUAAUAGGAGAAUUUAAUAAUUUGCCUCAGGAAGAACUUAUCCAAUGGAUCAAAUACAACACCAGACCAGAUGCUGUCUUCGCAGGUGCCAUGCCUACAAUGGCAAGCGUCAAGCUGUCUACACUUCAUCCCAUUGUGAAUCAUCCACAUUACGAGGAUGCAGACUUGAGGGCCCGGACAAAAAUAGUUUAUUCUACAUAUAGUCGAAAAUCUACCAAAGAAGUAAGAGAUAAAUUGCUGGAGUUACAUGUGAAUUAUUAUGUUUUAGAAGAGGCAUGGUGUAUUGCGAGAACUAAGCCUGGUUGCAGUAUGCUUGAAAUCUGGGAUGUGGAAGACCCUACCAAUGCAGCUAACCCCCCAUUAUGUAGCGUCCUGCUCAACGAUGCGAGGCCUUACUUCACCACAGUAUUUCAGAAUAGUGUGUACCGAGUAUUGAAAGUCAACUGAGAAGGAGACUACCCAUUACGCGAUGGUACAAUGCAGUGUGUCAAAAACAAUCACUCUUUGGCUUAUUUACAUUAAUAAAAAUCACAAGCUUAAUAAGAGACACUUAAAAAUAUGGUAAAAAUGGAUUGAAAGUUUUUCUGAUUACUAAAUUACUAUUUUGUUCAUUGAACGUCAACCAUAUUAAGCUCGUCAUAUAAAUCAUUAAAUCAUUCGCAUCAUACUGCAUAAACAAAUGUUCCUUUCAGAGUUUUAAAGAAAAAUGUAUGUAAACGAACAAUGAAU